AUGGCCAGCAAAUCGUGGGCUGGGGAGGUGAUUUCGUCAAAGGAAAAGCCUGCUGUUAACGAGGAGUUCAAGGAGCUGGAGAAGGAUAUUGAAUUGCGGAGGGAGGGUAUUCAAAGGUUGAUUGUUGCGUCUGGAACGUAUCAUCACUCCCUUUCCAAGAAGAAGGCCAAUGCAUCUCUUGACGAGGUCGAGAAAAUGCUUCCCAUCGAUAUCUUGGGGAUCACUAUGAUUGUCCAUGGUGAAGAAUUUGGUGAUGAUUCUACUUUCGGGUCUGCAUUGGUUAAAUUAGGACGCGCACAUUCUAAAAUCGCAACGCUGCAGGAGGCUUAUGCAUUGACAUUCAAGGAUACUUUCAUGGGAACGCUGGAAAAAUUUAAGGAUCAGAUUAAGGAGUACGAAGCGGUCAAAAAAAAGCUUGAGAAUAGAAAGGUAAUUUACGACUCGGCCACGGUCAAAUUUGAGAAAGCGCAAUCGAGCAGGAAGGACAAGGAUCGGCGAGAGGCCGAAGAUGAAUUGGAGCGCGCCAGGCAACGCUACGAUGAAGCCGCGGAGGAUCUGCGCGCGCAUAUGCAUGCUAUCCAGGAGAAUGAGCACAACCAAUAUCGCGAACUGGGCACGCUGCUUGACUUGGAGACAACUUACAUCCAAUCUUAUCUUGACGUGUUGAAGGAUGUCAAAGCGGAUUGGCCGGAACGGGUAAUUUACAUGAGUGGUUCUAGUUCUGCGUCAAAGUCUUCUGGAUCAUUCAAUAGGGAUAGCCAAUAUCCUUCGCGUGUGAAUGGGCAGGGAAGGACCUACUCUUCACCUUCUGAUUCGUCCGAGGACGAUCGACCUACCACUCCUGGUCCUAUUUCUGGCAGACACUCCAGAGCUGGAUCUACUGCGAGUAAGCCUCCUUCAAGGCCAGCUUCGAGGCUUUCAAGGAAGCGUGCAAGUAGCUCGGCGACGACGAAAGGCUCGUCAGAAGACAAAGACAAGGAAAAAGAGAAGGACGAUAAUAGACCACGACGGAAGAGCGUCACAGGUUGGGCAUCCAGCGCUGUCGAAUCUGUCACGGGAAGCAAGAACAAGAAGAGCAAAGACACCGACUCAUUUACUACACUCGACGACGACCAGCACCCUGGAGCCACUGAAAAUGGUACUCUCCACAAAUCUUCCAGUUUCCGUUCCCUUGGUCGCAAAAGCUCCAAGAACAAAUCAAAAGAAAGUCUCUCAGGAACGACCACUGCUACGCCCAAGAUUCUCAAACCACCAUCGGCUCAAGGCCAGAAGGUUGUGCGUGCACUAUACGACUUUUCUGGCUCGUCAGACGAGUUGAGUUUCAAGGCCGGCAAUGACAUCAUUGUUGUUCAUGAAGUUUUGGAUGACUGGUGGAUGGGCGAGGUUAACGGGCACCGAGGCCUAUUUCCAACAUCUUACACGGAAGUCGUGGGGUCCAACAAGUCGAUGUUCCCUCCUGGGAAGCCUCCACGGGUCAUUCACCCAGGCCCAGGUUACGACCAAGACGACAGCGAUUUUGACGGCGACUACCGACACGACCAUGACCAUGACCAUUAUAUGACGAGCGAUGCUGAUGAGGAGCAGAUCAUCCGCGCUACGCCGAUGGCGGUGAACCGCAGCCCUAUCUUUUACGGUGGAUUUGACGACAAGGCGAGCUUCACAGGGAGCAUGGCAGACGAGGCCGACGACGAGGACACCAAACGGAUACAGCCAGUCAGUACUCGGCAGCGGGUGGCGUUCCCUGAUGACAAUGGCGACGACAACUGGGGCCCGCCGAAGCCUCCUCAGCAGCCCCAACAGCCCCAAACACAGCAGCAGCAGAACAGUAGCACUUUGCCCUCUUUCUCAACGCCCUCGAUGCUCUCGCAAGCGCGCAGGAAUAUGUUGCGGUCGUUGGACCCCGCGCAACAGCCGUUGAUUAACCGCUCCAUGAGUGAAGCUCCGAGCCCCACUUCAGGUGGGCUAGGGGGCGGAGGAGGGAGCGCGAGCAAUGUGUACGGUAGCGGGAGUGUGUCAACGGGCACGACGACGCCGACCAAGAAAAUACCCCCACCGCCACCUCCGCGACGUGCGAUAAGCCAGGUGCCCGCUACAGGUCCGCCUAUUCCGGAACGGAAGGCGCCUGGUGCUGCUGCAAGCCACACGCUGAAUGGAUCGGCUUCCACAUUGACGACGCCUGCAUCGUCUGUAAGCGGGCAUGGGUAUGAUAGGUCGCCGUUUGAGAGCGCGAUUGAGCUCGAGGGUGUUGGUGGUGCUGCGCAGUGCGAGCAAUUCAGACAGAACCCUUUCAAACCGAAGGGAAUGUGCAGUAACUGCCUCGAAUUCCACGGUUAG